AGGGGAAUGAAAAGGUCAAAAAAGGAAUCAUGUGGCGCAUGUUAGCAAAAGCUGAGUUUAUGAAAUGCAACCACCGAAUCUCAGCCUUAUAAAUACCCCACCACCACCACUUCCCAAAUUCCCCUCCCCCCGCCGGAAAACCUCCAUUGAUUCUCUUCCGACCUUCAAUUUCCCGCACACAGUCACACAAUGAAUCAGAUCCAUCUCUCUGCAAAUCAAUUCGUGAUUGAAGCCUCAGCUGCGGAAUCCAUCGCCGAAUCACUGAACCUCCCCUCCGUGCUGCAUCUCCUCCCGCACCUCGUCCACUCCGCGCAGGCUUUAGCCCGGCCCCCAAUCUCCAAUUUCAACGUCGGCGCCGUCGGUCUCGGCUCCGACGGCCGCGUAUUCGUCGGCGUCAAUCUCGAAUUCCCCGGCCUGCCGCUCCACCACUCCGUCCACGCGGAGCAGUUCCUCCUCACGAAUCUCGCCGUCCACCGCUGCCGCCGCCUCCUCUCCUUCGCCGUCUCCUCCGCCCCGUGCGGCCAUUGCCGCCAGUUCCUGCAGGAACUCCGCCACUCCUCCUCCGUCCAAAUCCUCGUCAUCGAUGAAGAAAAUUGCGCUCAGAACAUUGACCACGUAGAGAAUCGCAAACCCUUAUCGAAAUUUUUACCCAAUCCGUUCGGCCCGCACGAUUUGCUCGAUCACGAAUGCCCGCUUCUGCUCGAUCAACACGACAAUCGGCUGGAUCUAUUGCCCCCAAACACCGUCAAUUCUGUCAAUUUGAGUAACGGAAAUGAUGAGAACUUCAGUAAAUUGGCAAAUGGGAAUUGCGGCAAGUAUGAAAAAAGUGAGGAUCUUUUGAGGGAAUCGGCUUUGGAAGCUGCGAACAACGCACACGCACCGUACAGCGGGUGUCCGUCGGGUGUGGCGUUGAUGGAUUCUGAAGGAAAUGUGUAUAAAGGCUCUUACACCGAAUCUGCAGCUUAUAAUCCCAGCUUAGGCCCCGUUCAGGCGGCACUGAUUGCCUAUGUGGCGAGCGGUGGCGGCGGUUACGAGAGUAUUGUGGCGGCAGCGCUGGUGGAGAAGGAAGGUGCUAAGGUCAGGCAGGAAGAUACUGCAAGGCUUGUGUUGAAGGCAGUUUCGCCCAAGUGCGAUUUUCGGGUAUUUUACUGUCACUCUGGCUGAAAAGAAAAAAGAAGUACCGAAAACACGAAUAAACCUCUGGCUAUUCACGAUUCGAAUUCCGGUGAUCUGGGAUUAAGAUUAUUGCAACUGUAGAUUCGAUCUUGCAAAUUAUUAUUUAUGGUGAUCAAUGAAUAACUGCAAUUCUUGUUUUUCUCGAGUAUUGCUGUUGUUGUUCCUAUGUAUUUCCUAUUUGUACUACUCUUGUCAAUUACAACUAAUCAUUGAGCUUUGUCUAUAAGACUA